AUGAGACGCUACAAGGUGCCCAAGUUCCUAACUCAAAGGUGGGAGCCGCCCCUGAGGGACUAUUGUAAGAUAAACUCAGAUGCAGCCUGUUUUGAGGAUGGAAGGUAUGGUUUGGGUGGAAUUAUGCGAGACGAAGUGGGCGAUAUUAUGGUGGCAACAUGUACGGUUGUUAAUGGAAACAAAAAUGCUGAAAUUGCUGAAGCUUUGGCGGCCCGACACGCACUCACAACGGCCAUUGAAGCAGGUUUAUCUAGAGUGAUAUUAGAGGUGGACAACAUGAAAGUCUACGCUCAUCUGAAGAAUGGAACGAAGGAACAGUCGUGCUUUGGUUUCAUUAUGAACGAUAUCCGAGCACUGGCAAGGCAAUGCAGUGACAUUAAGUUCUCUCAUGUUGGUCGUAACGGAAAUGUAGCAGCCCAUGAACUAGCAAAGAUGAGUUGUAAUUUUGAGGGGUUGCGUGUUUGGAUUGAAGAAGCCCCUCAUGAGAUUAUUAGGACUGUAAUUGAUGAUUGUGCCUAG